CACUCACACACCCGUUCACGAAAUCUCCUCAUUCGCUCGCUAGCUCGCUACACACGCACACACAGUGCACAGUGCCCAAUCGGAACGGAGCUGCAUCUCGUCACCUUUUCGUCCGGCAAAACGUAUCGAUUCAAGUGCAAAAACGCUACGCAAAGCUGCGAAAACCCAUCGAAAGAGGCUCCGUCUGCUGCCCUCCAUUUGCUGCCAGCACAAUCUUUCGGUGCUACGUGUCGACCCCCUCCCUGCCCGGUGCGUUCUAGCGUGUUCUAGCAGUGAUCCAGCGGGCCCAACCGAACACCCCGAGCGUGCACAGUGUGUCUCCGUGUGUGUCCGAGCACCGUCCGCUUAUCACUUCCGUGCCCCCCGUGAUAAUUCAUAAAAGCCUCGAGCAUCCGGCCAGCGGAGCUCAUUCGUCGCAAACGUCGGUUCGGACCAACUCCACUCCACUCCCCGCCGCGUGUGUGUGUGUGCGUAUUAUUAGUGCGUGCUUGCGUUUCCGUGCCCAGUUUUCCGUGGUGGAGUGAAAAGCGCCCGCGAAAAGUCAAGCCCCAAAAGUGCAUCCAGCGCGAACGCGAAGCGAGAAUGGCAAAUCGGAACGAAAACGGCCACUCCGGCAACGCCGACAAGGAAGUGCGCGUCUGGUGCGAUGGAUGCUACGAUAUGGUACACUUUGGACAUGCGAAUUCCCUCCGCCAGGCGAAGGCGCUCGGCCACAAGCUCGUUGUCGGCAUCCAUAACGACGAGGACAUUACUAAGAACAAGGGCCCGCCAGUAUUUACGCAGGAGGAAAGAUACAAAAUGGUGCGUGGCAUCAAAUGGGUCGAUGAGGUGGUGGAAGACGCGCCGUACGUAACCACGCUCGAAACGCUCGACAAGUACGACUGUGACUUCUGCGUGCACGGUGAUGACAUCACCCUAACAGCGGAUGGUGUGGACACGUACCAUUUAGUCAAAAAGGCACAGCGAUACAAGGAAGUAUCGAGGACGGCAGGAGUUUCGACGACGGAUCUGGUCGGACGCAUGCUACUCCUUACCAAGAACCAUUUUAAGCAAGGUGAUAAGGAAUAUGAGGUUGAGAAAGAUGAAGAUGUAGACGCGCUAGAAGCAUUGCUGAAGCGGUAUAAUGAAGAACACUUCCAAAUCCUAGGCUCGUCCCAGCUCGGCCAGGACCAUACGGCCCGCAGCCCCUGGACCGGCUGCUCCCAGUUCCUGCCGACGACGCAAAAAAUCAUCCAGUUCAGUGACGGCAAGGCGCCGAAGCCGACCGACCGCAUCGUGUACGUGGCCGGUGCGUUCGACCUGUUUCACGUCGGCCAUCUGGACUUCCUGGAGAAGGCGAAGGAGCACGGCGACUAUCUGAUCGUCGGGCUGCACACCGACCCGGUGGUGAACCAGUACAAGGGCGGCAACUAUCCGAUCAUGAACCUGCACGAGCGCGUGCUAAGUGUGCUGGCCUGCAAGUACGUGAACGAGGUGGUGAUCGGCGCGCCGUACUCGGUGACGGCCGACCUGAUGGAACACUUUAACGUGGGGCUGGUGUGCCACGGUCAGACGCACAUUGCGCUGGAUGUGGGUAAUAUCGAUCCGUACGCGAUACCGAAGCAGAUGGGCAAGUUUAUGCUGAUUGAUUCCGGCAACACCAUCACGACGGAAGACAUUGUGGAAAGAAUCAUUCGCCAUCGGCUCGAGUUUGAGCAGCGCAACAAAAAGAAGGAAAAGAAGGAGAUUGAAGUGUACGAGGCGAUGCAGAAGGUGAAGCUGGCCCAGAAAUCCGGUUGACCCGAUGACGCCGAUGACGACGACGAUGAUGAUGACCGUCGUCGUCGUCAGUAGAGGAGAUGCAGCAGCAGCAGCAGCAGCUAAAGAAGUUCAAAUUUCCCGUCUCCGUGUGUUUUGUGUAUAUUUUAACUUGAGUUGACGUGUGUGUGUCGUAUGGCGUGGCGAAUGUGUUUAUGUGUGUCUAGCGCGCCGUGUUUAUUGUAUCGCCGUAUCAUUCCUGUUUAUUUGUCUGUUUUUAGUUUAUAGUUAACGUAAAGAAGAGGUUAGAUGCGAGGCUGAAAGAGGAAGUGACGAAUGUUAUUUACCUGCUUAACACAACAAAAAAAAAAACAAACAAACAAGCAAAUCCCCGGAUAUAGUUACAAUUUAGUUCAGUGCGACCGCUUCUGCGUGCGUCAUAUUAUCAGCCUAAUGUGGGAGUUUUUUUUUAUCAAGAGAGUCAACCGUGUUUGUUUUUAGUUAUUUAUCUAACGUUUUUAAUGCAACACAACAGCAAUAAUUGUAGAGAGGGAGAUAGAGAUGUAAUUGUUCUUUCAUUUCGUUUCCACCACCAUCGAAAGAGGAGGAGAGGUUUCGUUUUGGGAAACCUGACCGACCCGACCGGUGGGGUAGAACAAGAAGACGAAGCAGAAGAGUAAAAAAGGAGUGACACAUGGGCGCACACGAAAUUACAAAAAUAGUAGAAUCUCAGUUUGUUGGUCGCCAAUUAAGAGUAAAAAAGCACCCCCAACAUUUCGCUGUAAUGGUGUCUGUGUGUGAGUGGGCAAAGAUUGUGGAAAGACGCGGGUUUGUUUUUUUAGAUUUUGUUUAAAAUAUUGUAUCACACCAAAUUGAGUAGUUUCGUUUUUUUUUUGUAUUUAUGUUUUAUUUGUGCUAUAUAUGUUGAGCGGAAUAGGGAUAGAAAGUGACGUAUACAAAAGCUUAGAUUUCAAUUACGAGAAGCUACAAGAGAAUAGUGGCCGUGUGUAUGUGUGUGUGUGUAUAAUUGUGUGUGAGUAAAUUAUUAGCUAAUUAGCACAGGAACAUUAUGAACACAGCAAAAAAAGGUGUAAAAGAGCAAAAAGGAUUAAGGAUAAAUCACACACACACUCACACACACACACACACACAAAACACCCCAAAACACAACAGCCUAAGGUUUAGGGAAGCGACUGUACGCUAUAACUACUACUAUAUAAUGUAUAUUUAACGUAACGACUACUUAUCCAAUGAUCGAUCGCUUGUGUAAUUUCAAAUCUGCGCGCGCGCGAUCCCCCUUUAAUAAUGAUGUAGCUGUGAAGCUGAGAUUCCUUUCUUUUUUCUUUGUUUUCUUUUUCUGGUGCGAGAGAUUGCUUCAUCACAAGAGGAGAAGAGAAUGUGUAACACACGUUUGUAAUAUUACUGCUAUUAUGUGCGGCUAGCGAAAAUAGAGGUUCAGAGCAGGAAUAAUAAAAAAAACAUACAAAAGUGAAAGCCUAA